GUGAUGCCUUAGUGAGCUGCAUCGGGGUAAAGGUGGACUGCUUUGUGCCGCUCUGUCUGUAAUUUGACUGCCGCCCAUAGAGUGCUAAUCAGUUUACUCUUGUCUGUGAGCGAAGUGCACCUGGAAACUUAACUUAACUUUAUAUAUUUGCGUCCAAUAUGUCCAUCAGUCGGAAGAACUGGUCGGCUCUGUCCAGCCUGGCGCGCCAGUGGACGAUGGAGGACGAGGAGGAGGUUGAAAGGGAGAGGAGGAGGAGGGUGAAGAGCUCGAGCAGCACCGCCGAACCAGAUGCCAACUUCAGCCAGACAACCGGAAGCACGCCCACCAGUGACAGCGCCUUUGGGACAGACUCCACAAGUGAGACGUUCCAGGGCCUCAGCAGUGUGGAGCAGAUGCAGCUGGACUUUGUGGAGAUGCUGCGAGUCCGCGAUGAAAAGCGAAGGAUGAGGCAUGUGGAGAUGCUGAGACAACAAAAGGAGGUAGGGGAGGAUGAAGCAGAGGCCUGCAGCGGAGGAGCCAGGGUGGAGCUACUGGGGGACAUGGAUGAUGAGCAGGGUAGUGUUUUCCCCUCUGUGAAUGCCCCAUGCAAACCACAACCACCUCCAAAAACCGCCUCUUACAGCCACACCAGCAACACCAACAUCACAAACAGACAACACGAAAAUGGACAGUCGUCGAGCAAUGGCCGCGAUCCCAAGCCAUCGUCCAACCCGCCUCGCAAGUUUGUCAGUUCCGUCUCCAUCUCACUCGACAAAAGCCCCUCCGCCAGCGGGUGCACAAGUCCCAUGAGCCCUCACUCUCCGACAACCCCCUACUCACCUCGAGAACACUGGCCAUCGCCUUGCCAGAGCCCUUCUCCUAGGGGAGCUCAAAGCCCUGCUCAAAAUGGACACACACAGGAGACCAGUGUGAAUGGCUCUUCCUCCAACGACAACUUUGAACAGACGGCCAAACCAGCGUUCAUCAGACAGAGCUCAAGGACUAUAUCUUUCAGGAUGAUGAGGAAGAAAGAAGAAGAGAGUGCUCCGCUGCAGAGAAGUGCGAGUGUGAGGUUGGCCUCCAAGAAGUUUGAAUCCAACACAGACCAAAAUGAAGAUGAAGACAAAGCAUCAUCCCUCCAAAGAAACUCUAGGCAGAGGAUUUCAUCCAGGUCCAUCCAGGAGAAGAUGGAGAGACUGGCUCAGGCUGCACAGAAGUCCGAAAUAAUACGAUCUCCAGACGUGACCCAGAGGACCCUGUUUCUGCUGGACGAGGUGUCCAGGAAGAGAGGCCUCUUUGAGAAGGAGAAGCAGGGGGCGAGCCCCACCAGCCCGGGAGUUUCUAGACAGGAAUUUAGGAGCUUCCAAUCAGGAAUGUCAGACCGGAUCAACCGCUGGGUCAACAAGACCAACAAUACUGGUUCUUCACUUCCUACUGACCUGAGACAUGUGGACAUCAUCGGUAAGAGGAGCCUGUUUGAGACCAGAGAGGAGAACAGUGUCCCAAAACCCAGCCCUGGAAAACUCUGCAAGUGAAGAAGGAUGUAUAUUUAUAAAGCCAACAAGAUUUAGUAGAUGGUGGGGUGGAUGCCAUGACUGACUGAUUCUUUCUGCAAGCUUUUUAUGUUUUUUGUUACUUCCCUGCCAGGAGGAACAGAUAUGCCAUAAAGAGAAAAAGUGUGUUGAGGAUACUGCUUUUAGAGUAAGGAGGCUUUAAUUAUACACUAAUGCAUUGCUUAAAGUACAAAUAAGUCUUAUUUCAAACAUUGAUAUUCCAUGAACAUUAAUGUGUGAGGAAGGGUAAAAAGAAAAAAAUAUCAGGAGACAAGACCAGCGAUAGAAAACGGUGAGGAAAGUGAAAUAUUUCUUUCAAAGCUUUUCAGCCAUUUGCCUUUGUGUACUUUUUCAAGCACUUUAAACAGGUGUAGGUUUUAAGGCUAAAAACGUCUAUUUUUACAGAAUUGCAGCUGUGGGACUUGUAACUGUAUGUUGUUUUUGUCUAAUCAGCUAAAAUAUACCUACUAGUUCUGUGUCUCAGUGGGCAAGGUGCUGCCUGUCUAAUAAAUAAAAUGUUUUAUUACUACA